AUGGCGGACAGAGGUGACCGAGGUGGCCGUGGAGGUCGUGGCCGUGGCGGACGCGGCGGCGGUUAUCAAGAUGGGAGAGGAGGUGGACGCGGCGGCGGUUAUCAAGAUGGGAGAGGAGGUGGACGCGGCGGCGGCUAUCAAGAUGGGAGAGGAGGCGGACGCGGUGGCGGAGAUGGGAGAGGACGAGGUGAUGGUGGUUUCCGCGGCGGCAGAGGACGAGGUGAGGGAGGACGUGGUGACUUCCGAGGCGACUUCCGAGGCGGCUUCAGUGGUCCUAGAGGCGGCCGUGGAGGUUCUGAUCGCGGACGAGGAGGAUAUAGGGGAGGCCGAGGUGGAGGGCAAUUCUCAAACGAGCCGUCUUUCUUCGCGACCGCAUCCGGUGUUCCUCAGCCCGAUGCUGCUAUCACCAAGCUCGAGGAUGAGGUGGUAAAAAACCAAAACAAUUCUGUUGCCCAGCUUACAUCCAAAAUGUCCAAGUUGGGAGUAGAAGAAAAGGAGAAUUUGGGCAAAUUCCCUCCACGACCUGCAUUUGGAAACAAAGGCCGUUCAGUCACUUUGUGGGCGAACUAUUACCAGAUCGACACCAAUAUUCCCAUGCUUUUCAAAUACACAAUUUCUGUCAAAGAGAUCGUGGCUGAAUCAGAAGAAAAGACCGACGAGCCCACUGUCGCCCAGCCCAAGGGGAAAGGAAAAGGAAAAGGCAAGCCCGGAAAGCCUAAGAAGUCUGGUUCUGUCGAAGUCAAGGGACGCAAACUUUUCUUGGUCAUCAAAGAGACUCUAAACGAGCUCACCAAGAAGGACAAGAGCCUGCUUCUUGCAACCGAGUUCAAGUCUCAGCUUAUCUCCUUGCGCAAGCUUGACCUUGGACUUGACAACUCAAUUCAAGUAAACCUCCCGUCAUCAGCAAACCCUGACAAGACCGAAGUAUUUGAAGUGACCUUACAUGGCCCUACAGUAGCCCGAGUUGACGAGAUGCUCAAGUACGUCAGAUCGAAUACUAGUGCUUCGAAUGACGCCCCAGGCAAACUUCCCGACGACGACGAUGCAGCAAAAGCCCUGGCAUUCCCAAAAUUCCCUGAUGUUGUUGAUGCCCUGAACGUCAUCUUUGGGUUUGGCCCGAGGUCGAACGAAGACAUUAGUGCUGUUGGAAACUCCCGAUUCUUCUCUUUCAAGAACGGUGGUAUCUGCAGGGAUAUGAGCAUGCGUGGGAGGCCCUUACAAGCUGUCCGUGGGACAUUCCAGUCUGUCCGCCUAGGUACCGGCCGACUUCUUUUAAACACAAACAUCACUGUUGGCAUUUUUAAGAUAUCCGGCAACUGUGCCAAGCUCUUCCAGAAUCUCAAUGUCUUUGAAGCACAGAAGUCGGAAUGGCGGAAAGUGAACAACGCGAAGUUGAUGAACAAAUUCCUCCCAAAAACUCGCGUACUGGCAACGAUGAAAUUUGCUAAUGACAAGAAAGUCCAACGACGGAAAGCAAUUUACAGUCUGGCCUAUGCACCUGAGAUUGAACGAGCCUGUCGUGGCAACGAUCAUCCUCCCCGGUUCACGAAGGGUUAUGAAUAUCCUGGACCAGGCAACGUGAGCUUCUACAUGGUGUCUGAUUCUAAAGGGACCGGUGAAUAUAUCACUGUCAAAGAAUUCUACAAGCGGAAAUACAACGACACUACGCUCAAAGACUACCCUCUUCUCAAUCUCGGCACUGCCGCAAACCCGAAUUUUACCCCAGCGGAGUAUGUCGAGAUCCUACCGGGGCAGUCAGUCAAGGCGAAGUUGAAUAGCCAAGAAUCGACCGCGAUGGUCGAUUUUGCCUGUCGGUCACCUUACGCCAAUGCUUUAUCCAUUACGAAAGAUGCGCGGGAAACUCUGGGUCUUGACGACGAGAAAUUGGAUCAAUUCGGUAUUCAAGUUGGUAAGCAGCUGCUUACUGUCCACGGACGCGUCCUCAACGCUCCAGGUGUCUCUUACUACGAUUCCAGAACCAAGAUCGUCCAGGUUCAUCCAAGAGAGGGCAGCUGGAAUAUGAUUGCCAAACAGGUGUACAAGCCCGGCAAAAGCAUCCAAAAAUGGACCUAUGUCAAUGUCAAACCAGGCAGGUUCGGGCAGGUUCCGAAGAGCACUGUGAUUGAAUUUGCUCAGGUUAUGAGACAGAUGAAUAUUGGGAUCAGCAGCAACCCUGUAGACCCUUGCACAGAGUUCAUCACCCAAGAAGGUUACGCUCAAGGACGUUCAGAUGAUUUCUUCAAAUGGGCGAAGCAGAAUCGCAUAGAGUUUAUACUUGUGAUUCUUGGUACAUCAGAGUCCGAAACAUACGGCAGGAUCAAGACAUUGGGCGACUGCACCUAUGGUAUUCACACCUGCUGCGUCCAGGCCGAAAAGUUUGGAUCCAACAGAAACCCUCUGCCAUAUUUCGCCAAUUGUGCUCUCAAAUGGAACCUGAAGGCAGGUGGUGUAAACCACAAGCUCCACAACGAGUUCGGUCUCAUUAAAGAGGGCAAAACGAUGUUGGUAGGGUACGACGUCACUCACCCAACCAACAUGCCUUCAGGCCAGGGUGAUGAUGCUCCCAGUUUGGUCGGAUUGGUGGCCACCAUUGACCGAGAUAUGGGACAAUGGCCAGCCUACUCUUGGGAACAGUCGUCCAAACAGGAGAUGUUGGACGAAACUUUGACUGAAGCAUUCAAGUCACGACUUGCACUUUGGCAAAUGCACAACCGACAGCAGCUGCCUGAGAACAUCGUUAUAUUCCGUGAUGGCGUGUCGGAGGGCCAGUUUGCCCAAGUUUUACAAAAAGAGCUGCCACGAAUUCGCAUCGCCUGCAAUGCCAAAUACCCCAAGAACAAGCCACCAAGAAUCUCUCUGAUCGUUUCUGUCAAGCGACAUCAGACUCGCUUUUAUCCUACUUCUUCCGAUAGCAUGACGUCCAAGAACAAUAUCGAAAACGGUACCAUUGUCGAUCGUGGUGUCACGCAGGCUCGAUACUGGGACUUCUUUCUUACUGCGCACUCCAGCAUCAAAGGUACGGCUCGCCCUGCGCACUACACUGUGUUGCUGGACGAGGUCUUCCGAGCAAAGUACGGAGCCGAGGCAGCCAAUGAAUUGGAGAGAUAUACCCACGAGCUCUGCUACUUGUUUGGCCGAGCCACCAAGGCUGUGAGCAUUUGCCCCCCGGCAUACUAUGCAGACGUUGUGUGCACUCGAGCGAGAUAUUACAGACCUGAGUUCUUCGAAAUCAGUGACAUUGAAAGUGUCUCAACAGCUGGGCCGGGCUUAAGUGCCAGUGACCCAAAGCAGGUCCAUGCGGACCUCGCCAACUCGAUGUACUAUAUCUAA